AUGGAGAAUAUUCGUGAAACCGAGUUACGUGAUUUGUUCAAGGAAUUUGACAAAAACGGUGAUGGCAAAAUAACGAGAGAAGAAUUAGAGAUGGCACUUAUACAACUUGGUGAGCUACCGUCCAGUUCACGAAUCGAAGCCAUCAUCAGUCAAACUGACAUCGAUGGUAAUGGCUGUAUUGAAAUCGAUGAAUUCCUUGAAGCUCUGCGAAAAACACUGCUCAAUCCUCGUGAGGAACGAGAACUACGGGAAGUAUUCGGUGUGUUUGACAAAAAUGGCGAUGGAAUGAUAUCGGCCGAUGAUUUGCAAAUGGCAAUGCAAUCUUUAGGAGAAAAACUUAGUGAAGCUGACGCUAAUGACAUGAUCAAAGAAGGAGACGUGGAUCGAGAUGGCAUGAUCAAUUUCCAUGAAUUCAUCAUGCUUAUCAAGGGACGACCAUAA